AGAAUAUGUAGACAGUAAAGGGGCUAGAGCUGAGAUGUGAACCUCCUAAUUCCUGCUCUCCCUUGAGACCCUCACUAUUAACAUUUGUUAUGAAAACAAUGCCUGUCUAUAACAUAUUAAUAGAUCAAUAUGCUUUUCUUCAUUACAGGUAAAAUGCAGAAAACUGUUUUUUUCCCUGGGAGAAUGAGUGUCACAUUCCGCAAGGGACCACUUGGAUAUCUCCGUCAGGAUCCAACGGAUGCAGCCAAACUCCUUAAAGACAACCCCUCUCUACAGGACAAGUCUGCACCCGUGAAGGAGGAGCUGGUCAGGAAAAAUGCACUGUCUGUGAUCAUUUUAAGAGGAGGGGAUGCUUCAGAUAAAACUGAGGUGGCUGGAGAAUACAUCCUGCAGUUUGGGAAAUAUAAAGGGAAGUCCUUCCGCUGGCUCCUUGAAAAUGACAUUGGGUAUACCAUCUACCUAAUCAAGAACCAGCAAAAGGAGGAGACUGCAGGAGUGUUCAUGGCAGGGGGGCACAGCAAGGACAGCCUGCUGUCAUUUGUGAGCUAUGCCCUCAGCUUUCAAGAAAUCCAGUCUCUUCUCAAUUAUGAGAAACAAAAGCCAGUUGUGACAGCAGCAGCAGCAGCAGCAGCAUCAGAGGAUGACCAGCUGGUUGGUUUUGGCUCUCGUGCCAAAAGCACCUGGAGAGAGAUUUGGGACAGCAGGGAUGAUGGCUAUGCAGCCUUUAUUAUGAGGAAAAGCUGUGCUCCAGGAACAAAGAUGCACAAACUACAAGUGUACCUGCAGAAGAAGCUGCCCUCCCCCUCUGGCUCCUCUCUGGUGACACAUGCCUCACAGGCCCCUGCUGAAGCCAUGGUGAUGGAUGAAGAUGAAGAGCUGGAGAGAGCGAUGCUGGGUAUCUGUCCUUCCAAGCAACAUGUGCAGAGCUGUGACUGUUUCUGCACCAUCAGCAUCAACUGCCAGACGACAGGCUUCGGGAACAGAAAGAGGUUCUUAACCAAACAAAAACGUCCUGUCGUCGACAGAGACUCUGGGACCAUGAAUUCUUAUCCCAAACCGAAGCAUGACAUAAACCGUUCCUUCUCAUGUUGA